CGCCGGCCGCGCCGCGGCCCUUCCCCCGCCGCACAUGCCCAGAAGGGCGGGAGCCGCGGCGCGCCCGGGCGCUGCUGUGACAGCGCCGCCGCCUUCCCCUUCCGCUGGCUGGGGGCCGCGCCGCGCUCCCCCCCCCCCCCCCCCGGCUUCAACCCGGCCCGGCCCGCUCCGGCGGAGAGCUCCCACCGAGCCAGGCCCGGGCCGGCCGCUCGCCUGGCUCCUUCCCCGCCGCGGGGCGGGAGGCGGCCAUGUCGCUAUUGUCUGCGCUGGUGCCCUUGCUCCGGGUCUACCGCAUCGGCCUCCUCGUCAUCCUGCACCAGCUGCGCCGCCGCCUCCUCCUCCUCCUCCUCCGCCCGCGCUGCCCGCCGGCCCCAGUUUUCCCUACACAAAAUGGAAAGGUUGCUAUAGUGACUGGAGGUGCUAAAGGAAUUGGUUACCAAACUGUGAAGCAUUUGGCAAGACUUGGCAUGCACGUUAUAAUAGCUGGAAACAGUGAGAGUGAGGGCCAAGAAGCAGUGAGGAAAAUACAAGAAGAAACUUUGACUGGAAAAGUGGAGUUUUUAUACUGUGAUUUGGCUUCCAUGAAGUCUAUACGGCAAUUUGUGCAGCGGUUUAGAGCAAAGAAUUGUCCACUCCAUGUCCUGGUGAAUAAUGCUGGGGUGAUGCUGGUCCCUGAAAGGAAGACGGAGGAUGGGUUUGAGGAGCACUUCGGCUUGAACUACUUGGGACACUUCCUGCUGACGAACCUCCUCUUGGAUACGCUGAAGCAAUCAGGAACGGACAGUCACAACGCUAGGAUCAUCACUGUCUCGUCAGCCACCCAUUACGUAGGCAAAUUGCACCUGAACGACUUACAAAGCAGAUGUUCGUAUUCACCCCAUGGAGCCUAUGCCCAAAGCAAACUUGCCCUUGUGUUAUUUACCUAUCAACUACAGCAUCUUCUGACUGCAAGUGGAAGCCAUGUGACUGCUAAUGUAGUAGACCCUGGAGUAGUGAAUACCGAUCUCUACAAGCAUGCCUUUUGGGCUGUAAAAGUGGCCAAAUGGAUGACAGCCUGGCUAUUUUUCAAGACUCCAGAAGAAGGAGCCUCUACAACCAUCUAUGCAGCAGUAUCGCCCAAGAUGGAAGGAGCUGGUGGCUGCUACCUUUACAAUGAGGAAAGGACAAAAUCGGCUGACAUAGCAUAUGAUGAGGAGCUACAGAGAAGGCUCUGGACAGAAAGCUGCAAGAUGGUUGGGAUUUCUGAUGACUUCAGCAGAGUUCCCUAGAAAAAGCCACUUCCAGCUGGGUAAAUGAAAUGCAUUGACAAGCAUCUUAGGUGAAUUCUUGCAAAAUCAGUCAUCAUCCUGGAAAUCACUGUUCAGUCCCAACGGCAAACAUGAACAGCUCUGUUCUUCACUUGAACCCCUAGUCUGCUAGGGUGUGGGGGGAGUAUUCCCACAGGAAGAUGUAGUGGUUGGUUUUAAAUCUAACCAUCAGUUUUGUAAGUCAUGAUGUUUCAGUCUGUGAUUAAAAUACAAUCUUUAACCUUG